GGGCGGGGCCUAGUGCCUGUUCGAAUCUAGGCGGUGGCCGAGAGAAAAUGGCGGCUCGCUCGCGGUGGCAUCUCUCCUGUUAUGCAAAGCCGCAGGAGGGUGACUUUUGUGAUGGCACUAAGACAAUUGAUGAAACUUCUUUUACGACUUCCAUGGAGUGGGACACACAGGUGGUGAAGGGGUCCUCGCCGCUUGGCCCCUCACGAAUGGGGACGGAAGAGCCGUCUUUAGGCCCGCAGCUGCCGUCUUGGCUGCAGCCCAAGAGGUGCAUUGUGUUCCAGUGCGCGCAAUGCCACGCAGUGCUCGCUGACUCGGUGCACCUCGCUUGGGACCUCUCGCGGUCCCUCGGAGCCACUGUCUUCUCCAGGGUUACAAAUAACGUGAUUUUGGAAGAGCCCUUUCUAGUUGGCAUUGAAGGUUUACUCAAAGGCAGCACUUACAACCUCUUAUUCUGUAGUUCCUGUGGGAUUCCCAUUGGUUUCCAUCUGUAUUCUACCCAUGCUGCCCUGGCUGCCUUGAGAGGACACUUCUGCCUUUCCAGUGACAAAAUGAUGUGCUACCUCUUAGAAACGAAAGCCAUCGUAAGUGCAUCUGAGGUGGAUAUUCACAACAUGCCUCUACCGGAAAAGAUUGCAGAGCUGAAAGAGAAGAUAAUGUUAAUGCAUAGUCACUUAAAUUCACUGAUGGAGAUGUUGAAGGAAGUGGCUCCUGACCAGUCCAAGGCAGAAAACUGAUCCAGAACCAGAGUCUGAGUACCAGGGUCAGGCCUUACUGCUAUCUUCAAAAAACAGGUGCUGUGUGAUAAUUUCUUGAGAAAGAUUGACUUCAAGAAUGGACAGCAAAUACAGUUUAUUAUGUUUACCUCUUUGCUGAUUUUCCAAGUGAUCUGUGAAGCUGUUUCUCGAAGAUGAGAAACUAAGGAGACUUCUGUCCAGGUUUCAUAGCUAUUUGCCUUCAGAAAUUAUUUUAGCUUUCUUACCAGUUUCAUAAUAAUUUCUUAAAACAUCUUCAAUUUCACAUUUAGGGAUUAAGAGGCAGUGUGCCGUGCUCCGAUCUAAAGAGGCUUGUGAAAAUAAAGUACUUAAUGCUGACUAUUGUGAUUCCUACAUGGAGCAGUUAUAUGAAUACUGACAGUCUUUUUUUUUUAAUGUAAAAUAUAGGUAUAUACAUAUUCUAUAGAUAAUAUUCAAUAAGUUGGACAAUACACAAUUUUUCACUUUUCAAUUAGAAGCUGAGUUUAAUAAGGUAAUGAGUAAUAAAUCAUUAGACAUUCACCGAAAUGCUAUGGGGCUUUUUUGUAUUUGGCUGUACAUAGCACUUUGGCUCACAGCAGCUGUAGUAAGGGUUCGAAGAAAAGGGACAUAGAAUUACAAGCACACGUAGCAGGUAACUGAACUGGCCUCGGGGGUCAAGUGAAGUUUCAGCGGUGGUCUGAAAGGCAAGUAGGAGUUAACGAGGUGGAGGAACAGCCUAUUCAAAGGCCCUGUAAAGCUCUUAGAAGAAGUCCUGCAGCAGUUCUGGUAGCCAGAGACCAGAAUGUGCAAGGUCUUGCUGGACUCUGGAAGGCUGUUUGUUUUUAUCCCAAGAGUAAUGAGAAACCCUGGAAGAAUUUUCAGAGGACUGUGGCAGGCUCAGAUCCUGAGAACCUCUUGAUGGCUGUCCUGUGGAGAAUGGGUGGGAGGGGCUAACACUGGCACAAUCAACACAUGGGACCAAGGGGUAGUGCUUAGAGAAGUUAACUUGGUUCAGAUGUAGCUAGAUUUUUUUAAAAGCAGAUUCUUUCCAUUUUAUACUGCAAAAGGAUAUUUCCUUUGAAAUAUUUUAAGUUGUUGAAAAUUCUGAUUUGCUUUAUGCUUUUGAGUUGCAAAAUCUGGCUUUGUAAGCAAGGGUGUAAAGCCUCUGGCAACAAACAGUAUCAGAAAAUUAGCACUAUAUUGAAUCGUCUGAGGUUUUUUACUGUAUGUCGGUCUAUCUGUCUCAAAAUAUUUCCUUGAUCUCAAUUAAAAAGCUGUUCUUAUGUAGGUAUUUUCUUUAACUUCUGGAUCUGCCAUUUGGUAGACUUUCAACAGAAAAUUAAAUGCUUGAACCUGACAUCAAAUUAAGCUGGCUGGUUUUAAAGAGACUUUUUUUUCCAAAUGCAAAUUAUAUGCUCACUUAGAAAACAUGCAGGUAUAGGUAUGUGACAAAAUUAAGCCUGUACACGUUCCCUUUCCAUUUUUGAGAGGCAUGAUAUAGCAUGCUGAGAAGUGGGCAAGCUCUGGAGCCAAACAAUUUGGUUUCAGAUUGUGCCCUGGAUACUUACUAGCUAUGAACUUGAAGAAUUGACUGAAGCCAUUCUUGUAAAAUAGGGAUUAAAAACUAGGGAUAUAGUGUGGAUUUAAAACAAGUUAAUGAAUACACCUAAGAUAAUCAGUGUAGGGAACUGCCCUGCCUGGGUUCAGAAGCUGUAACCCCCCUGCCCCCACUACGGCUAAGGCUGAAUAAAGGACCUUGGGACCAUAAGCCACUAAGGACACAAAGCUUAUCUUCCUGGCAAAGGUGCCACCUCUGCCCCUUUUACUUCACCCUGCUUGGCCCCGGGCAGAUGACUGUUUAGCCAAUAACAGGUAAGAUUCCUUAAGGGAGGGUUGACCUAAGACAGGCAUGUGAUCAAUGUGGAGGCCCUCAAGGAAGGACUUGGGGUUGUACAGAAAAAGAGGGUGAUGAAUCCUCACCCCUUGGCUUUUACAUAGCCUGAGUCCUCAUUCUGUCUUUGAGAAGUCUCCCAAUCUCUUAGCUGCCUUACUUCCCCUGCCUAAUUUAAGCCUGAAACAAAGACAGAGGGUGGUGCAGCCCUGGGCAAGCAGAGCGGUCCCCCUGGGGCAAUUAGCCCUAAGAAGGAAUGCAUAAAAUCCUGUGAAACCUGUUUUGCUAAGAAUGCCCUCGAUUUUCUGGUUGAGGGUCCCAGCAUGAAAUGAGUUUCCCAAAGUUUUAUAGCCCUCUAGCUAACUGAUCCUGAUCCAGAAUAAGCCCUCACAGUUCUUUGUAUGUUGUCUAGUUCUUUGUAUGUUUGAUCACUACUGCCUGACAAUGAUUGAUGAACUUUAUCUGUAUUCCUAUGCAAAUCGAACCCAAUAAAAGCCCAUUGAAGAACAGGCUCAAGGCCCUUCUCUGAGAGACUGGCCACCUUUCCUCCCUCAGCAGAUCACGUCUUGGUAGACUUAUUCUUAUCUGUGAUGGUUGGGGAGGUGCUGCUGGGAAAAGCUCCCCCACAAAUCAGAGCAAUGCUUGGUAUAGUAAGUGCUCAAUAAACUAGCUAUUACAACCUUCA